CGAUCCGUUACAUCACCAAGCGUAUGACGCGCCGUCUUCCUGUUUCCUUCAGCUGUGUCUUAAAGUGAAUCUUGUUGGUGGAGGAGAGCUCGAGCGUCGAAGCUCUGCAUCGCGUGCGCCUCGGUCAAGCUGCUACGACAUCAUCACCAGUCGUUCACCCCUCGAGAGAAGAUGACAGAGAGCGGAGCAAAAUAGCUCUUGUAUGUCUAUUUUUAUGUCCUACGGUCGCGCUCAUCACUCACUUUACUCAUACUCUUCCUUCCCUGAGAAAUUAUAAUAUUUAACGUUUCGCGGCGAAGCUUCCAUAGUCCGUAUUCUUUUUUUCAGCAGUAAAAAAAACGGCCUUUCCCUUCAUCUGCGGGUGACAUUCAGUAGUGGUGCUAGAGGAGUGGCUUUGUGGGAUAUGGCCCAAUAGCAGCAGACCGUGAUGCCGGACCAUGACAGCGACUCCUUCCUGAGCAGACAGACCAAGAGAAGACGAGUGGACAUCGGGGUGAAGAGGACUGUGGGCAGCACCGCUGCCAACGCAGCAGCAGCAGCAGCCACAACAAGCGCCGACAUCGCCCAUGCCAAAGCAGCAAUCUUCGGUGCUAUGAACUCUCUCAACUCCCACCACCAUGGCUCCGAUGCAGACUCCAUGGACUGCUCCAUGGUGCAGCCGCACGGCCAUGCCGGGGUCGUCACAGCAACCAACAGCGAGUCCAAGUCCAACGUGCUCCGGAAGCUCCUAAAGAGAGCCAACUCGUAUGAAGACGCCUUCCCCGGCGCCACUAUCAUCUCCCAGCUCCUCAAGAGCAACAUGGCCAAGAACGGAAGAGGAGAGAGAGGGGAGAGAGGAGAUAGAGAGGAUGGGGGGUUCCCCAGGUCGGGCCUCUCCAGUGGGGGUUCCGAAGCCCCCCAGGAGGACGCCUGCAGUAAUUCGUCCCAGGACAGCCCCCAGGAGUGCCUUUCCCCUUUUGGCCAUCCCCCGGCUCUGGGCGCCUUUGACCUAGAGCGCCUCAACGACGAGCACCUCCGGGCCAAGCGUGCCCGAGUGGAGAACAUCAUCCGGGGCAUGAGCCACUCACCCGGGGUGGUGGUGCCCACACGCCACAUCGGAGAGCGGGACCACGAACUGGAACAAUGUGGACGGGAGAGAGAGCGAGAGAUGGACGGUGACAGGGACAGAGAAAUGGAGAUGAACUGCCCCCCACAGCUGCCCAGCCCCAGGGGAGAGGUGUGCAGCCGGGAGAACAAAAGGAAACAGCGCCUGCCCCAGCAGCAGCAGCAGAGCUUCACCCAGCUGGUGUGCCAGCGUAAAGAGCAGAAGCAUGAGGAGCGCAGACAACUGAAGCUGCAGCUGGAGGACAUGCAGAAGCAGCUGCGCCAGCUGCAGGAGAAGUUCUUCCAGAUCUAUGACUCCACCGACGACUCGGAGCAUGACCUGUCCCAUGACCUAGGCAACAUGUCUGAGGACAGCGCUGGGAGGUCUGAUGCUGGAGGAGAUGACCGGACAGACCGUUCCGACAAUGAGAUGUCAGACCUGGAUCCGGGACACUUCCUGGACCGAGCAAGGGCGUUGCUCCAGGAGCAGGCCCUGCUGGCUGAGGGGGACAAGCUCAGGAGAGAGGGGCUGGUCUGGGGGAAAGGUCCUGGUCAGGGCCCCUCCUCCUCCAUGCACCAUGCAGAGGGCAAGCUGCUGGCUGAGACGUUGAAACAGGAGCUCAACUCGGCAAUGAACCAGGUGGUGGACACAGUGGUCAAGGUGUUUGCCAAGCCCCCUCGCCCCACACCACCCCAAGUCUUCCCUCCCCUCCCCAUGCCCCCAGAGAGGUUUGGUGUCAACGUCAAGGGCCCCAACUUCCACACAGCCAACCAGCGCCUGCAGUGCUUUGGCGACGUCGUCAUUCCCAAUCCCCUGGAUUCGUUCGGCAGCAUACCUGUGCCCGGCGCCAACGACCAGACGGAGGCGCUGCCCCUGGUAGUGAGGAAGACGCAGACGGAGCACCAUCAACAAUCCUCAGCCGUGGGCGCCCACGGGGGCCAUCAGCACCCCUCCCUGCACCCCUCCUCCCUCUCUACCUCCAUGGGCUUCAGCCCCCCUUCUUUCCGCCAUCCCUUUCCCCUUCCUCUCAUGGGUUACCCCUUCCAGAGCCCUGUGGGCCCACCCUCCGGCGGUUAUCCAGGGAAGGACCGUUCCUCCCCAGACUCCAUGGACCUGUCCAGGGAGACCACCAGCCUGCGGACCAAAAUGUCAUCAGGGCAUCAUGUGGGGCACCACCACCGGUCUUUCUCUCCGACCAACCCUGGGAGCACUGCAGAGGGGCUCUCCCUGUCCCUCAUCAAGUCAGAGUGUGGAGACAUGAGCGACAUGAACGACAUCUCACCAUACUCAGGCAGCACCAUUCAGGAGGGUCUUUCCCCCAACCACCUGAAGAAGGCCAAGCUCAUGUUCUUCUACGCCCGUUACCCCAGUUCCAACAUGCUCAAGAUUUUCUUCUCCGACGUCAAGUUUAACCGCUGCAUCACGUCCCAGCUCAUCAAGUGGUUCAGUAACUUCCGGGAGUUCUACUACAUCCAGAUGGAGAAGUUUGCCCGGCAGGCCAUCAACGACGGUGUCACCGGAGUGGAGGAGAUGAGCGUCAGCCGCGACUGCGAGCUCUACCGAGCCCUCAACAUGCACUACAACAAGGCCAACGACUUUGAGGUUCCAGAGCUGUUCCUGGAGGUGGCUACAAUCACGCUGCGUGAGUUCUUCAACGCCAUUGUGGCAGGAAAAGACGUGGACCCAUCCUGGAAGAAGGCCAUCUACAAGGUGAUCUGCAAGCUGGACAGCGAGGUGCCCGAGGUCUUUAAGUCGCCCAACUGUCUCCAGGAGCUCUUACACGAGUAACCUAUCAUGACCUGACUUCAACCCCCCCCCCCCUCCACGACACUUUUUUUGCUUUUCAUGUUUUUAUUUAUUUAUUUAUUUUGAUCUGAUUUUCUUGCUUUUUUGAAUGUAUGAAGUAUGAAGUUGCAUUCCUCCCAAUCUGAGGCCUACUGGGCUGUCCAAGUUAUCUAGCUAUUGUGUUGUUGUUAUUAUUAUUAUUAUUAUUAAUUUCAUCAUGAUUAUGAUUAUUAGUCGUUUUUUUUAAAUGAUUCUGCUGAUCAGAAGAUAAUUUUAUCCUAUUGAGCAGGGGUGUCAAACUCAUUUGAUGGAAGGCCUAUUGUCUGGGGUUUUUUCUUUUUUCUUUCAUUUAAGCCCUAGACAACCAGUUGUGGGGAGUUCCUUACUAAUUAGUGACCUUAAUUCAUCAAUCAAGUACAAGGGAGGGGCGAAGACCCGCCCUCCAUGGAUUGAGUUUGACACGUGCUAUUUGGUGGUUGGACUGUGUGAAACCUGAUCUAUCUGCCCUGAUGUACUAGAAACACUAAAUAGGGGUCCUCACUAUGCCCAGGCAAGGGCUUCCCACGACCCUGUACCCUACCUACUCUAAGAAUGACCCUACAAUGCUAGUGCGGUCACCAAUAGAUUUUGGCCCACUACACUACGAAAGGGGAGAGGGGUCGUCAAUAGGCUCUCCCCACUAUGCGAGGUGACUCUCCAAUAGGUGGCCAAUACAAUGGAUAUCCCACGGAGGACAACACUACACUACGCUUUAUUAACUACUGAACUAUACUGGAAUACUAGUACUGGUCUGUAUUGGUAUACUGGAACUGGACUGGUAUCAGUCAUCUACUGAGCUCGACCUUGAUACUUUAAAGUGUGCUUUCUGUGAUUAGGACAUUGUGUUUAUUGGGUGUAUAUUAUUAAUAUUAUUUUUCCUGUUGUUAUUGUUGUUUUUAUUAUUAUUAUUUGUCAUCAUUGCUUGAUACAGAUUGGCACUUCCAGAUUUGUCCCUUGACAACGUUACAGAAAAUAAAUUAUUAUUAUUGUUCCAAAAGAG